UUGUGUAAUAACUCAAUGAAGACUUCAGAGGUUCCAGGAAGUCGUAGCAGUAAAAGUCAGUUGCUUGAGCGGGCAGCAGAUCAGACGUGCAGGAGAUGUUACCAACACCAGGCAGCUUUGGACUCUACCUCUACUCUCUACCAUGAUCAACACUUACCAGACCAGCCUGGCUCCACCGCCGGUGCCUCCUCGCCUCAACAGGUCCCACCCGGUCCUCAUCCCAGCAGGACUUCCAUCACCAGGCCACAGCAAGCCUCUCCUCCGGUUCCUGCUCGGGAUAGUGGUGCUGCAUCUAGUGCUCUCUGCCGGAGGAUUCGUCUAUCUGUACCACAUUAACAUGGAGCGAUCUCCAGCAGCUGCAGGAAAAGUGGCUUUCCAGUCAUCAGAAAAACAGGAAACCUAUUAUAAGGCUUGGGCGAGGAUGGUGGUCACCCGCAGUACUGCUGGAGUACUUCAAUCUGGUUAUCUCCAGUGGGCCAUGGGUCACUCAGAUCGUGUGAGAAUCAACUACUAUGAGAAGAGCUGGUUGACUGUGCUGGAGCCUGGCGACUACUUGGUCUACUCCAGAGUGACCUUCUCCAGGGGAGACUCAGUGCUUCCUCAGGUCAGCAGGGUCGUGUUGAGAAAGGACAAGACGGCGAAGGAGAAGGUCCUGAUGCAGGGCUACUGCAACCUGGAGAGCCCGACGGAGAAAGCGUCCAUACCCGACAUAUGCACGGUCACGCAGGUGGAUGUGGUCAAGCUGGAGGAGGGAAACCAGCUCAGUGUCUGGGUGGAAAAGCUGUCGCUGGUGGACUACGAUGAAAAUGUCACCGCUUUUGGGAUAUACAAGCUGUAGGAGCGAGCGCUUGGACCUGAACUUCUUUGAAGGAUGGUUAUGGAAAUAACGUGACUGUGGAGAAAGACAUGCGUCUGUCUCCUUCUUUGUGGAUACUGGAGACAAAGACGCCAAUAACCAACUAUAAUUUAUUCAAAUACAUGCCAUUGUUUUUUUUGUUUGUCUGACAGUAUGGUGAAGAACCCCUGUGUAUUUAUUAAUCUAAGGGUAGAGACUGGUGAGACUGUGAAAUACAUUGUAUUAUUUAAUUCCAGCAGCGUCUUCUCAUCUGUUCCUUUCUAAUUUCAUUCAUUGAGAUUAACCACGAUGAGGAAAGUGGUUAGCGCUCCUGCCUUACAGAAGGAAACUCAUCACUUAGUCCCCAUUGGAAACUGAUGGUGUCUGCAGCUUUGAUGUUCGGCUGAUGAGUGUUAGGGUUUUCCAGAUACUCUACCCAGUCCAAAUCCACCAGAGGUAUGAAAUUAUGAGUGUUUGUUGGAGUGUACCCUGCUCCGGACUACAAGCCAAAAAGGUGGAAGCUUCAUCGGAGAUGAAUGAGACGCAGAUGUUAUAAUGACAAAAAAAAAAAAAAAGAUUCUGUGGUCAACCCUAAUGUUUUUUUGUUUCUUUAAACUAUGUUCAAACUUGUUAUUAAAAAACACCAUCUUUUUUUCGACACAUCAUUUCUGAAACAGCAGUGUAAUAAAACUUUGAUCACAAUACUAUUAAA